CAGCUUUAAAUUUCCAUAUCGAAUUGGAUCCAUGUGAAAAUGCGUAUUGGAUUAUUGGAUGGAAAGCUUUUCCUUUGGGUACUAUUCUUUUUAGCAGUAGGAGUUGAACUACGCGGUUCAAAACCGGAAGCACAUUAUUGCUUUGGGGACAUCUGCAAUGAGAAUGGUGCAGACCAAUAUUGUGACGCGGCCUUCAAGUUCUGUCGACGCUGCGCUGACAUCCAGGAUGAAUGCUUUACAAUAAGACACGUACAGAACUGUACAGCGUUUUGCUACGAUCUUCACUAUAGACGUGAGAAGGAAAAGGAACGAGUGGCAGGAUGCCGCUUACCCACCCCACCAGCAAACGGAAAAUUUGAAACUACUUUGAGUCUUCUAGCUCAUAACACGACAUUAAGGUCAUCCUGUGACCGUGGUUACCGCUUGUCUGGCAGUCCACAACUACAAUGUGGGGAUUAUGGCAUUUGGCUCGGGACUGCACCCGAGUGUAUAGAGAUAACAUGCCCGUCACUGCCCGAAAUAUUUCAUGGCAUAUGGCACAUGAGUGUCCAAAACAGUACGCACUCGCCGGGCACGACAGGAUCAGUGCAUUGCGAACAUGGGUUCCGCUUUCAUGGAGAUCCGGACAGGACGUGUACUUUGGACGGAAAAUGGACGCCUCACACUCAAUACCUCGCCUGCAUUCCGGAUGAAGUGCAUCUUACCACAAUAACAACAGCUCUCACAAUUACAAUCCCCACUGUUGCUGUGAGCUUCAUUGCCCUUUGUAUUGUGGUAUUAAUACGAAAGCGCAGGAAAAAGAAGCGACAGCGAAGAAGGAGUUCGACAAAGCCCGACCCAGAAGAAACGAUUAUGCUUCAAGACGCCCCUGAUAGCACAGGAUCUGAAGCAAGCUCAAUAAUUUCUUGCUCACGUUCACCCGGGCGCUCUGUCUCUUUGGGCGAUAUCAUACCCCAUCAACUUUCAGAGGGGCAAAGUCGUGGGAUUCGAGAAGCCAGAUCAGCAACAAACCUGCCGACGCCGAACGUUGUGAACGUUAAAGUAAAUGUCGCCAUUCAUAACACAACUAAGUCAGACAGCGGCAUCAAUCUACGUGGAUCAGCAAAUUCCUCUGGCUCCUGUGUGAGCCAUGGUGACAAAUAUCCAAUCCAGGAGACUGGCGGUAACGCCCUAUUGAAUGAGAAUUCAACCAACAUCCAGCCGGUUGUGCAAUGAAGAAAAGAUCACUAUAAAAUGUAACUGCCGUUAUAAUUAAAAGCCCAUAUACACUCAAAAUCAACGAAUAUUUCGAACAAUAUUUUUUAAAAUAAAGUUAACACGUAAACAAUCAGUGUCCCUUUAAGCAAUAGCCCAAGUUUCAACUCUAGAUGUAGUCCUGUAACAUAGAUAUAACGAGAUACAAAAUUCUCAUUUUUAUUUUUUGUGCCACCAUAUAGUCCAUGUGAAUUUCCCACCACGAUAUCUGAACAUUUACGAGCGAACGCGAGAUGGCUUCGGGCAGCGUCGGAAGCACGACGCAUUGAUUCGUUGAUUUUUAGUAUUAAUGUGACUUAACUAUCUAUUAUAUUUACUUUAUGAUGCUAUAUUCUUAAAUCUAUUUCUAAAAAGAAGGGAUGUAGUCGACACUUGUUCGUAAUUUCAUUUAAUCGUUCCUCAAAGUGUUGUAACUCUGUUGCUCUGGUCUAUUUCCUACCAUUGAGUAAUUCAUUGGUAAUUAAAUUGAAUGCGUUUUAAUUCCCUUUUAUUAUUGUUUAAUGUGAGUAUUUUAUUAUAUAUUAUAAUUUAAUUUACACUUAUAUGUAUCGUGAAUAUUGCUGGGCCACGUACGAGGUUGAGCGCUCUAAAACCGAUUUAAACCCCAAUGCUUUGCAUUGACCGUUCAAAGGCAGUGACCCCGGCUUUAUUCUUAUAUGUGUUUAUGUUGUUUUGUAUUGUGCUGUUUUUGCUGUUUUGGCAAAUGGUCACUUGCCUUAAAAAAGGACCAACUAAUUGUAUAUAAUUAGAAUGCAAUACUGCUCCAGCAGCUGAAGUUUCACUUCUGUAUAUUAAAGUGAUAUUAUGCGCAUCUAACAGUAUUUGCUAUGUUUAUAGGUGUCUAUCGCAACCGUUGUUUAUUUUUGGUGUUUUCACUUCAUAUACACUUAUAUUUGUUAAUGCAGCAUCAACAUACUAAUACAUUAUCACGGAAAGAGAAAAAUAAUGCAUUGGAAUAUCAACCGUACUUUCGUUUGACAACUGAUCAUGCAUAUACGAUGUGAAUCUAAAUUUAGUUUUAGUGCAGAUUCGUUCAUUUGACACAAAGCCACAUUGUUGUUUUACGAAUCAUUUUAAUUUCCUGCAACGAUAUCUGUUCAUACGACACACGAACACUUAUUCCGAUCCUAAUAAAAAGACAGUUCCGCUCGGCUUAGAGGACUGGGACAGUCAUGUAAAAUAUUUAAUAUGUUUUUUUUAUAAACAAGUGGUAGCAAGAUGAGUUGCAGAUAAAUGGUUAGUUACCACAUUUUAACUAACUCUUUUGACCUGUUAAUUCUUUUCAGCUUAAUUCAACAGUAAAAAAAGCGCAUAAUAUCACUUUAAAGUGCUUUAUCAGCAAAUUAAUAUCAAUAACUUAUUUAUCAAAUAUUAUAAGUAUUCACUUAUCAUUAAAUGAGUAGUUUGACAUGUGCAAAAAGAAACAAUCUGCCUGUGAUUUUUGUUUUAUUUUUUACUUUUUACUUUCUUGGAAGGUUUAAAUAUUAUAUGUUAGUGCCCAUGUUGGUUGUAAUUUUCUACGCAUAUUAUGUUAGAAAACAACAACAUUUACUCACACACAUUCAAAUUAAUAGUAUUCAAUGUUGACAGCCGUUUAUUUUUUUACCGGACAGAUAUACUCGAAUCUGAUUCCUGAUAAUUAUGGUCAAGUACAGAAAGUGUUCUCACAAGUAAUUAUCAGCUGAAUACAGGCCCCAGUUAAUGAGGCAGUGCAGAUACGUCAGGGUAUGUGUAAUUGCAUUUUUACCAAAACUGCUUUAGGUACUAAAUGUGUACUAAAGCAGUGUUUACUUUUAUCUAAAUUUCUUUACCGAACCUCUUUCAGAAAAAGAUAUUUACUAGAUAAAUUAAAGUAUGGACAUUUACACACACAAAUACAAAAACGAUCAGAUUCAUUAAAUUAUAGCUUCUUCUAUAUAUGAUUUUGAUAAAGUUAUUAUCAAGGAAGUUCAAUUAUUUUAUUUUAUUUUUUCACGGACGCAAGCAAACAUAGCGUUUUUCUAGUUUCGUUUCAGAAGAUAUGUAUUUUUGCAAUCUAAAAAUGUACUGCUGUCAAAUGUUUCAGAAACGUGUGUGUAUUUUGUUGUAAGUGGUUUUGGUUAAUUGUUAUCGUUUGAACAUGUACAUGUAUUUGUCAGACAGAAGGGUACAUGUACCUGUGAUACUGCAUGUUUGUUGAAAUAUUCAGUGUGUUUAUCGUUUUAAAUUUGCAAUAAUACUGUACAGACAAAAUUGGGCGGCUAGAUAAAGAAUGGUCAGUGAAUGAUUUAUUUCAUAAGAACACAGGUUAAUGACGUCAGGAUGUGAAGUAUUGUACAUGUGUGUCUCUUUCAUACCGAUUUUAACAAAAUGAUCUGAUAGAUAUGAUAUUUGGAAAAAAAUGAAAUGUCUGCAUCAUCGUGUAUAUUUACAAUCUUGUGAUAUGGAAGAAAGAUGUUUUUAAAAUUGUUUUUCGCUGUUUGCAUAUCUUUUACGAUGUAUGAUAAAUUUAAAUUGUUUGAUUAUAAAAUGAGUAAACGUAUACCAAACAAA